GUUCAACAUGUUCGCUACUAUUGACCUUGUCGAGCCCAUUCCUUUUACGUCUGCAAGCUUUCCAUUUCUCGAAGACGCUGACCUGGCAGUGUUUCAUGACCUGGGCUUGUUCGACUUCAAGAUGGAGCAACACCCUAAGAACAGCACGGCGAACUUGGCCGUGGUGAACGAGCAUGGGCAAACAAUUCCCCUCGGCUCGACUUGGCAAAACGCCCGCCGCAAGCUGUGCAACAUGGACGGCUGUGACCGUGUCGUUCGAUCCCGCGGCUUUUGCAAAAAGCAUGGCGGCGGUAAGCCCUGUGCGAUCCCUGAUUGCGCCAAAGAAGCGCACAAUGGGAACUUUUGCAUUGGACAUGGUGGCGGCAAGUGCUGCAAAUUCGACCAGUGCGCCAACGCGGCUCAGUCUCAAGGCCUAUGUAAAGCCCACGGCGGCGGCGCCCGCUGCAAAUACGCAGGUUGCGACAAGAGCAGCCAAGGGGGCGGGUUCUGCCGAGCCCACGGCGGGGGCAAGCGUUGCUUGGAGGUUGGAUGCACCAAGGGGGCCCAACGGGGGGACCGGUGUGCGAAACACGGGGGGUGCCGCGCGUGUUCAGUGGCUGGUUGCGACCGCACGGACCGAGGCGGGGGGCUGUGCGAAAUCCACCGGCAGGACAUGACCUGCAGCGUCGAAGGCUGCAAACGCCUCGGCAAGACUAUGGGGGUAUGCACUGUGCAUACCCGGCAAGCUCGAGUUAAGGCCAUGUGA